AUGGCCGAUCUUGUAAUUGGUACUACUGUUCAAGUUUUGCUUGAGAAACUGCUUUCUCUAACAAUUGAGGAGAUCAACAGCUCAAGGGAUUUCAACAAAGAUCUGGAAAUGCUUACACAAAAUGUAUCCUUAAUCCAAGCUUUCAUUCAUGACGUUGAAAGACCACAAAUUGAGAAACAACAGUCUGUGGAACAAUGGCUCAACAGGCUUGAGGGAGUUGCUCAAAAUGCUGAAAAUGUGUUUGAUCGAUUCAGAUAUGAAUCUCUCAAAGCACAAUUGAUGAAGAUCCGAAACAGCCCAAUGAAAAAGGUCAGUGGUUUCUUUUCUCAUAAUGCUUUUAAGAGAAAAAUGUCUCGAAAAAUCAACAACAGCAAUAAAGAGUUGACUGAUAUCAAUAAGUUAGCCAAAGACCUCGGUCUCCAAUCACUAAUGGUUCCUUCUCGGCAAAUAUUACCAAUUAGAGAAACAGAUUCCUUAGUGGUUGCUUCAGAUGUUAUUGGUAGAGACUUGGAUGUUGCUGAGAUAAAGGAGAAGAUUUUGAACCUGAGAGAGGAGAAUGCUCUUCUGUGCACCAUUCCCAUAGUGGGUAUGGGGGGUUUAGGGAAAACUACUGUGGCUAAGAUAAUUUACAAUGAUGAACACAUCAAGCAAAUCUUUGAAAAGAGAGCUUGGUUGUGUCUACCUGAGAUGUCAGAAAUUAAGAGCUGA